CUCCUCCUCUCUCUCUCUCUCUCUCUCCAAAAUUAUUCGGUUGCAGACAAAAGUAAAGGAGUACGGGUACUGUGCAUCAAAUCCGUAUUUGUCUCCAUAAAUAUCUAUCCCUAUCCUACACGCUAUCCAUAUUUUCCACACUCUGAAAAGGCAUCUACCAGCUUUUCUUUUACUUUCUCAACUCGCUCUAGCAAGCAUUUGAUGCUGCUUUCUCCAACCCAUCAAUCCAAGAAUUUCUUGCUUUUGAUGCAUGCCCAGGGUCCCUUGAACUUGCCUUCUGUUAUUAUCUGGCCAGGGAAUUCUGUAAGAUGACGCACAACUAUCUUUUGGGGGCUCUCUGUAUUCUUGUUUUGACAUGCUCUUUAGUUCCCGCUUCCUCUGAUGGUUUAGUGAGAGUUGGUUUGAAGAAGAGACCCUUGGAUCUUCAUGGCAUUAAGGCUGCCAAGAAGAUGGCAAGACUGCAUGGUGAACAAGGGAAGGGUUUAAAUAGCAUGCGCCAUGAUGAAUCUGAUCUCGAUAUAUUAUCUCUGAAGAAUUAUAUGGACGCCCAAUAUUAUGGAGAGAUUAGCGUGGGGUUGCCCCCACAGAAAUUCACUGUCAUAUUUGAUACGGGCAGUUCCAAUCUCUGGAUUCCCUCGUCAAAGUGCAUUUUUUCUAUUGCUUGCUUAUUCCAUCCUAAGUACAAGCACAAGAAGUCCAAAACAUAUCAAGAAAUUGGCAAAUCUUGUGCAAUACACUAUGGGUCUGGAUCAGUUUCUGGCUUCCUUAGUCAAGAUAACGUUGAAGUGGGCGAUCUUGUGGUCCACAAUCAAGUUUUCAUGGAGGCUACAAGAGAAGGAAGUCUUACGUUUGUUGUGGGAAAGUUUGAUGGAAUACUUGGGCUUGGCUUCCAGGAAAUUUCAGUCGGGGAUGUAGUGCCAGUCUGGUAUAAUAUGAUGGAACAAGGUCUUGUGCAAGAGGAAGUCCUCUCUUUUUGGCUUAAUAGGGAUCAGUAUGCAAUAGACGGUGGGGAGCUUGUUUUUGGUGGCGUUGAUGAAAAGCAUUUCAAGGGGAAGCAUACCUAUGUUCCCGUCACUCAAAAAGGUUACUGGCAGUUUCAAAUGGAUGAUUUUCUCGUUGGAAACCUUUCAACAGGUUUUUGUCAGGGUGGAUGUGCUGCUAUUGUGGAUUCUGGAACAUCUUUACUUGCUGGUCCAACUACUGUCGUCACCCAAAUCAACCAUGCCAUUGGAGCCCAAGGAGUAGUGAGCAUGGAAUGCAAACUGGUGGUUUCUGACUAUGGAGAAAUGAUAUGGGAGCUUUUGCUAGCGGGGGUACAGCCUGACAAAGUAUGUUCACAAGUGGGUCUUUGCUUUUUCAACGGGUCUGGAUUAGAAAGUGCUAAUAUCGAGAUGGUGGUUGAAGAAGAAAACAAGGAGAAAGCUCCCCCUGGUGAUAACCUUGUAUGCACUGCUUGUGAGAUGCUGCUUGUUUGGGUCCGGAACCAGCUGAAACUACAGGAAACAAAGGAGAGAGUGCUUGAUUAUGUGAAUCAGCUCUGCGAGAGUCUGCCCAGUCCAAUGGGAGAAUCAGCAAUCGACUGCAAUAGCCUGUCAAAGAUGCCAAAUGUUACAUUCACUAUUGGAAGUAGAGAUUUUACCCUCACCCCUGAGCAGUAUAUUCUGAAAACUGAAGAAGGCCCGACUUCUGUCUGCCUCAGUGGCUUUAUUGCUUUGGAUGUGCCUCCACCUCGUGGUCCUCUGUGGAUUCUUGGAGAUGUAUUCAUGGGGGCCUAUCAUACUGUGUUCGACUACGGUAACCGCAAAGUGGGUUUUGCAGAAGCUGUCUAGCAACUCAAUCCAUCUCCAAAGCGUAUCUAAAAAUUAGCAGUUUCUUGUAAGAAAGUUAGGAAUGCUGUAGUAAAUGUAAUGUGUUGUAGAUGCCUAGUGAAUUGUGAUGGUUUAUCUACAUGCGUCUAUUCAUAAUGAGUUGGUUCUGUAUGUGAGUCCCAAGAAUGUUGGUUGGUAAUUUCUUUGCCCCAUCGUGGUAUAGAAAUUCCAGUUGAUGCAGUUCACAUGGAGUCUCUCUCUGGGUGUAGGCUGAGAGUUGUUUUUGACGAAAAUGAUGUAUCAGAUGACUUUAUAAAGUAGUACUUUGAUAUA